AUGCCUUAUAUUGGUGCUUCAAAUCAUUCCAAGGACUCCUUCCAGAGUCUGAAGGAAAAGCAUUCUAUAUCAAAUUCUAAGAAUACCAAGAAUACCACUCCAACAUUAUCAGAACCGUAUGAUACUGUGCUGUCUCCCAGUAGUGACCAAACAUCGUGCUCGUCAAGUUCUGUAAGUAGGUUGUCCACCCCUAUAAAACAACUAUCACUGAAUCAAUCUUAUCAGUACACUUCCUCUCAAAGACGACCUUCAACUUCAUCAAAAAGAUUCUCCGUGAAUUCAAACAGUUCUACAGUGUCUGACAUGAUUGAUUUCCAGGAACUAUACAAUAUACCAAACGAAUCCACCCAUUCCUAUUCGUACAACCCUUUAUCACCAAACUCUCUGGCGGUUAGAUUAUCAAUAUUGAAGAGGGCUCUACAGAUUCUACUGAGUAAUCCUAGCAUGUUGACAAACCCUUCUAAUAACGACUUGAAAGAUAACUUUGAUUUGGAUUUCAAUAAUAAUAUUCCUUAUACGAGUGACGGUACCAUGUCAAUCAACUCUAAUCACAACAUCAAUAACGAAAUCGACCCACUGCAUGCUUUCGAUCCUCACACAAGAAGAACAGUUCGCAGUCAAUCAUUGUCAAAUGCAAAAAACUCCUACAAAAAUCAGGUUCAUAAAUUCACUCUUCCAACAGCAGCAUUGAACGCAUUCGUCGUCAAUACAACAACCACACUUCCUACGAGGAAAAAUAGUGAUAUUACAACAACUUUGACUAAUCGUACUGCAAGAGAUAUUGAUAUAACUCAUAGAGCAAAUUCUGUCGCAGUACUACCCAAAAUUUUAAAUGAAUACAACUUCGAUUAUUCAAAUCCAAAUUUUCGUCAUACUAGCAACCACACUAAUAAUAACAAUAGAGAUAGAACGCCAUUCAGAAGAAGUUUUCAAUCAAAUAUGCCAGCUGCUAAGGAACAAGAGGAAGAAAAGGAACAGGAGGAAGAUUUUUUGGAGGAACAACGUUCAAAUUUAAUUAGCCUUCUAGAUUUAUUGAAUGAAACUUUAGAGAAAAAUGCAUCUGCCGAUGCGUCACAUUUACAUAUGCUAUCACUUUUUAAUAUCAAUAAAUUGAUACUUGAUAAAGAUGAAGAUACUGGCUUGUCCUCCAUUGAGAAGGAAAGAGAAAGACAAGCGACUUUAGUCCAAAGAAAGGGGAUCUUUAUCGAAAAUUCAACAGAGGGAACAGAUAAGAUAACUAAACCAUCGAUAUCAAAGAAAAAGAGAAAUUCAAGCGAUUUGAAACUUAAAAAGAUACUUUUGGACAGUCUAGCUGAACCAUUUUUUGAUCGUAGUGUCUCUUACGAAGAGACGCUCCUUUCUGACGAGGGAGCUUUGCAAAAAGGUUUGGAUGAUUUCAUCAAAAUACAAGAGAAUCAAACGAAUGACAGUGUAACGAAUAAUAAUUCCGCAAGCACUUCUAAAAAGGACUACGGCAAAAUUUUAAAGACCUUCACAUCGGCUAAAAAUUCAGCUCCACAGGCUAUCUUCACUUGUAGUCAAGAUCAUCCAUGGAAAUUCAAAGCUGCUAACGAUUUAACUUGUUUGAUCUUCGGUAUAAACAAGAAUGUACUAAAGACACUGACAUUACUAGACUUAAUUCAUGUAGAUUCUAGAGAUUUUGUUAUUCAUAAAAUAGUAUCAACAGAAAACCAAGAAUUGGUAUUUGCUGGUGAAAUUAUUGGAAUCGUUCAGCCAAGGGAUGAUAGUGACAUGAAUAUGAAAGAUGAAUGUAUAUGGGCAUCCUUUUGGGCUAAAAGAAAAAAUGGACUUUUAGUCUGUAUCUUUGAAAAAGUUCCCUGUGACUACGUGGACAUCUUAAUGGACGUGCACACUUUUGAUAUUACAAAUGUCAUUAAAAGAAAUGAUGCAAUAAUAAAUAAUGAUCUUUUCAUAAAACCUAAAAACGCUAAUAUUCAACGUCAAACUCCAAAGUUCGAACUGGGUCCUUCAAAAUCAGAGAAGAAAGAUGAAGGCUAUUCUGAUGAUACAGCAUCUGAAGCUGAAGAUACAGAUAUUGAAAUUCAAAAAAGGUCCAUUUCAAAUCCAGAGACUAAAUAUGUUGAGUUGAACAAACACUCUCAUAAUAUAGCAGCAAUUAGUAAGUCACUAGCAAAAUUCAUUGACAACAUUCGUGAUGAGUCGUCACAAAACUCUGCAGAUAAUUCUUUUUUAUUAGCAGAAAGAAUUUCAAAACUCGUUAAUAUGCAAAGAUAUUUUACACUAAAUCAUGCAUUUUCAAAUAUCCCAUGUGCAAUUUCCUCAGUGUUAUUAGAAGAUAAAUUAAAACUGAAAAUUCAUUGUUUGCCAUAUAUCGCAGGCCUGCUUGUUGUAGAUUCUCAUUCUCUACAAAUGGUAAGUUGUAAUAAAUCAAUAUCAAAGAACAUGUUUGGCUACCACUUUAUCGACCUAGUAAACAAGCCAAUAACAACCAUAAUACCAUCCUUCCAGAAUAUUAUUGAUUUCAUAAGUUCUAAAUAUCCGGACCUAGAUAUUACUCUUCCGGAGAAUAAAGGAAUGGUAUUAACCGAACAUUUCUUUCGUAAAAUUGUUGCUGAGAUGAAAAACGAUAGGGAAUUGUUUUAUACCUCUGUGGGGAUCGAUGCUAUUCAUCACGAUGGUAAUGUGAUCAAAAUUGAUUUUCAGCUGAGAGUUGUUAAUCCAAAUGUUUGUCUUGUUUGGGUAACUCAUUCAAGAGAUGUUAUAUUUGAAGACUAUAAGACAACUCCAUCUCAAUUAGUUAUGUUGAAGGAAAAUGAAUUAGCAUAUUUGAGUAGCUCAACAAACAGUUCUAGAUCCAGCUCCCAAAAGAGUUCUUCUAAAGCUUCGUUAGACGAGAUGUCUAUGACCCCAAGAACAAACAAUAAUGGAAGUCCUAUUACAAAGCCAACUCUCAGAGAAGUUAAUGUUAAAAAUAUAGAAAAUUCAUUAAAACUAAGAAAAUAUAGUGACGAAACGAAAUCGAAUUACGUGGUAACAAAUAGAUCUGCUGAAGAAUCAACUACUAGUUUUAAUGUAGGUUUAAACGAAAAAGAAAACGUAGCUACAGACAUUGAUGAGAUUGGGACUAAUGUCGAGGAUCCUGAAACUAAACAUAAGCUGGAGUUAGCAAGAAUUUAUGCAAAAGAUAAAACACAGUUUGUUAAAAAAGAUAACUUUAAAGUUGACCGAAAUUUAAUCAUAAGUAAGAUCUCCUCGAACAUAAUAACUGAAUCAUCAUCUGAUCAUUCUGACGAGGAAUCUGGUAGAACUGCAACAACAUUUCUACGGACUCCAAGUAAAGAAAUCGGUUCUCUAAAGCAUGUUAAAAAGUUACAGGAUUUUAUCAUUCUUCAAAAAAUGGGUGAAGGCGCAUAUGGUAAAGUUAAUCUUUGUAUGCACAAGAUGAAAAAAUACAUUGUAGUAAUUAAAAUGAUUUUCAAAGAACGUAUCCUUGUUGAUACCUGGGUACGUGAUAGAAAAUUAGGCACUAUCCCUUCAGAAAUCCAAAUUAUGGCAACAUUGAAUAAAAAGCCACAUGAGAAUAUUCUGAGAUUGUUAGAUUUCUUUGAAGAUGACGAGUACUAUUAUAUCGAAACUCCCGUUCAUGGGGAAACUGGUUCCAUUGACUUAUUUGAUUUAAUAGAAUUUACUUCAAAUAUGACGGAAUUUGAAAUCAAAUUACUUUUCAAACAAGUCGUCUCUGGAGUUAAACAUUUACAUGACCAAGGUAUUGUCCAUAGAGAUAUAAAAGAUGAAAAUAUUAUUGUUGAUAACAAAGGUUUUAUAAAAAUAAUUGAUUUUGGUUCCGCCGCCUAUGUAAAGAGCGGACCUUUUGAUGUUUUUGUGGGUACCAUCGAUUAUGCUGCACCUGAAGUAUUGGGUGGUAAUCCAUAUGAGGGUAAACCACAAGAUAUUUGGGCAUUAGGUAUCCUGCUCUAUACUAUCGUUUUUAAAGAAAAUCCCUUCUACAAUAUCGAUGAGAUUUUAGAAGGUGAUUUGAAGUUUAAUGAUCCUGAAAAUAUAAGCCAGGAUUGUAUCGAAUUGAUCAAAUUAAUACUUAAUAGAAAUGUCUUUAAGAGGCCAACAAUAGAUGAUAUUUACAAUGAUAAAUGGUUAGAUAUCUGA